AUGGGUCCAGCUGAAGGCACGGGCCACAAAGGCACGGGUCAUAGAGGCACGGGUCAUGGGUCCAGCUGGAGGCACGGGUCAUGGGUCCAGCUGGGAGGCACGGGCCAUGGUGGCAUGGGUCAUGGGUCGUCAGGGACGGAGCCUCUGCACGCGCGCAUCAGCGUGGGCCCCCCGACGGCGACGCAGAAAGAUCAGUUCCGCUUGGCGCUGUUCCUAGCUUGCUUCCUGUUGCUGGGAGGCGUCUGCCUAGCCAUCCUAGUCAAGAUGCGCUGCAACCGCCGCAACUCCCAGCGCCAGCAGGCGAGCUACUUGGCCCAGCAGGCGAAGCGGGCCCUGUCCCGCAUGGAGUGCAGGCGCUAUAAGGACGCCGCGGCUGCCAAAGACAACACAUCCAAAGUUCACAUCAAGAUGAAGACUCUCAAGGUUCACCUGACGCUGGGGGACGGUCGGGUGCUCACCGGGUGUCGGGGCAGGACCGACGACGACGACGACCAGGAGAACAACAGCCGACACGGCAGCGGCACCGACAAGUCGGGCGGCGCUGAUAUGUGCGUGGUGUGCCUUGAAGAGUACCGACCUCUUCAGGAGUUGCGGGUGCUGCCCUGCAGACACGAGUUCCACAGGAGCUGCGUUGACCCAUGGCUGCUGCAGCACAGAACUUGUCCUUUGUGUAACUACAAUAUCGUCGAUUGCUGCUACGAGAAUACACCUGCUCCUACCAGCACCACGGUCGCUCCAGAAUCCGAUCCAAUUUCUUCUCCCCCUCUCUACCCUGGCCGUCCUUCCCUUCUUCCCCAUCCUCCUGCCCCCCUCAGGGUAUUUAUGCCAAAUUCGGGCUCUCCUGACGGGCGUUACGUAGUUCCUCACCUUCUGCAUUCUCCUGGUGGUGGAGGUGCUCCCACAUCUCCACAUCCAGCACCUUCCAGUAGGCCAUUCCCAGUAAGCUCAUCGACAAGGAGCUGUACUCAAGCUGGGUGCUCUCAUGACCCAUACGGACUGCUUAUGUACAACCAACUGGCGCCUUCGCCGUCCAGCCCACCACCAAGAUAUUCCCAUGCCUUUCUCGCCCCAAGCUCAGUGUCCACCGAACCUCACAGUCCUCCUCCAAGUUACUCCCCAUAUUCAUCUCCAUAUUCCUCCCUCUCUGGCUAUCAAAGAUGUAAUGCUCCAAAUUUUAGCAUAUCUGCCGGUCACUUAUACGAGUCAGACCCUCGCAACGGUCCCAUUAGAGGGGCAAGUGGUUUGGUGAACCGCGUUCGAAGAUCUUUGGAGGUUGUCGGAUCGGCAGACGCUGCCGCGAAUCUAGAGGACAGAAAUGAACCUGCGGAUGCGUUCCCCCGCAGCGACAGGAAUGAAGCGGAAUUGAGGUACCCGCCGGGUAAAUUUCUGCGGCACAGUCAUUCCUCGAGCGAGAACGGCUUCUGUCCCGCCACGUAUGCUCCUAUGCGCCCAGGCAGCGUCAGCAUACAUCCGUCUUCGAGCGCACCUUCUGCUGCACGAGUUUCGACGUCGCCCUCGUCUGCCAGACCAGGAGUCCUGCACCAGAACUUAGGAUCUUCUUCUCAAGCUCUGGAGACGUGCCUCAUGUACCCUCGAGCAGGAUUACCUUCGUAUAAUUGGCCUUACUGGCUCAACGGGGCUACUUUGAGGACAGUUCCUCAAGGGUCGAGCAGUGAAGAAGCCGAACACCAAAUGAUGAGUGUGGAGGUGCAGCAUCACAGUGAGGGCAACAGGAGGGUGGAUUGCCGAGGCCUUCACCGCCGCAUCGAGCUCCCGGGGGCCGAAUGCGUGGACGUCCAAGGACGAGAUGCAAAUUUUAGAGCACAAAUGAGCUGCGAGGAAGAACUGCUAAACAAUGAUGGCGGGAAAGCCUCUGAUACCUUAGAAAAGAAUAAUUAUAGUGAUUGUGUUUCUAAUAACUUAAGUUGUAAUAAUGUAGUUGUAAAUCAAUCAAUCAGUGCAAACGUAGAUAGCGUUCGUAUGGAACAGAGUCGUAAAAUGUCCUUGCCAAGUAAUAUUAGUAGCGAAACGCUGGAGAGUACUUCAAAUCAGCCAACAGACAGUAUCAAUACCAAUAAUUUUAAUUCGAGUAGCAUCAGGAACGAUAUGCAGCAACAGUUAUGUACAGGUGAGUCAAUACAAGUUAGUGCAGCUCACGGGUCUAGUUCUACUGAUGGCAAAACAACCGAUUGCGACCUAGCUGCAGAUGAUAGGGGUCAACAUAUUUCAUUAGAGGAAACCACCUGUGACAUCUACAGAAGAAGUAGCUUAGGAGGACUAGAAAGCCGAUUAUAUGUUAUCGGAGAAAGUCAUGCCAAUCAAGAAGGAGUGGUUCAGAACUCCCAACUCAUUGGCAGGUCAUCAAAACAACAGAUACGACAACAACGAUCUUUACAAUACGAUUUAGAUUUAAACCAGCCCGGUGGUCUUGAACAGCGCGGCGUGAUUCAGCAAAAUUGUGCUGCAAUUAGGUGCAGUCCAGAACAACAGAGAAACUUCUUCGGUAGAAAUCAAGACUUUACUAAUUCCCGGCAGCUUUUUCACGGGCCUCUUCCUACUCAACCGGUCAGUAGCAAGCAACUCGAACCAUUUUUGUCAGCCCUUGAGGCAGUUAGGAGUUCAGCGAACACCAUGGGUUAUUGCAGAGGAAAUCAGUGGCUCCUCGGAGGAAACUUUUUGCAACGAAAUUCCGAGGAUUGUUCCGGUUUACCUGUACUCGCUCACAAUGAUCGGCUACGAUCAAAGUUCGAUCAUCAAUAUUCUGGUGCACUGGGUAUUGAAGAAAAGUAUCCUCACAGUAGAGUGGAUGCUUCUGUUAGUGAUGAGCCAUGCAGAUUUUCUCCGAAUUCGUCGGAAAGAAUUCCAUUGGCAGGAGGCUUUGGAUCCUCUAAAGGCAUUGGACACAGACGACAAGCUAGCACUAAUUCCUUUCCCAACAAUUAUUCAUACGUUCCAGCUUCGUGCAGCGCUUAUUUACCGGGGCAAAGACCGUCCUCUUCGGCCAGCAAUACGACGCUUGAUUCAUCUGACGCUAGUCUAGAAACCGUUAUCGCAGCAGAUUCUUCUAAUGGCGCUGAUCAACGCCUCCUAGUCCCGGAAACUUCUUCGGGCGUUUCGGAAAUUUUCGCAGGCCGCAUGAGUGAAAAACAGAAAAAUAAUACUUCAGCUAUGUCAAUGGAUUCUGUUGAAGACACGGAUUCUAUUACAGGUUCCGGAUUUCCUUCUGAGCGAGUGUAUGCUUUUGAUACCAGCAGUUUGCAUGGUUAUGAGAAUGUGGAUCCAAGUGGGAGCCCUGUUCAAAUUUCUUCUCCGCAAGGAGACCAUGUCUGUGAAGCUUUCCCUGUGAAUGAUUACUCAGAUGAAUGCGCAAGUGAAUCGCUCCCGGGAAAUAAUCCGACCGCAUCUGAUGAGGAACUGGUGGAAGAUGGAACAGCUAAACCAUCAGAAACCGGCAAAUUUCUUGUUAGUGACGGAAACGAAAAAAAUGAAACCAAAGAUGAAGUCAUCAAUGACCAACAGCUUGAUGCGGAGGCAGACUUAGACAAGUCAGGCUAAUAUACUAUACCCUCUUAUUGUUAAGAAAUGCCGUAGCCUCAAUAUAAAUAAGUCAUUACUUUGUGUCUCAUUAAUAGUUUACUUCUAAUAGAAUAAGGACCUUAUGUUGGAGGUUGAACUUGGAAAAAUUGAUACUUACCACCAAUGAUUGAUAACAUGCAAUGAAGUUUCUAUCGCUUUUGUUUGACGAUUGUUUCAGGAGAGCUAAAGUUUCACUCAUACCAUACGUUUGCUUGAGAAGUAAAAUCAAUGCCGCAAUACUAUCAUAAUCUAGGAGGUGUCGUACGAUUCGUACAUAGGUUGUACAAUGUUAAGCACCACAAAACGACUCUAUCGUGAUCAUGAAGUAAGAGGUGGUACUUAUUCAUAAUUGUAUACAAUGUUCUUGUACACAAACCACGCGUUUCCGCAAGUCGUCAACUGGUUGCCGUCAUAUCGUGAAAUUGCACUUUUUCGUAUCUAUUCUAACUUUCAUAAUAUUUAUUGGUUAUUUAUUCAUUGUCUGAUUCAAUUAAUUGCUUAGAUAGAUGCUUCUAUUUUCUUCUAUGUAUGCAUUUUUAACAGGUAGAGCUAUCAUAGGAGAAGGGUCUGUAAAAAAGGAAUACGGCUCUGAAAAUUUUAUAUCCAUACUUUAUCAACAAUUUUAACUGCCUUAAAUUAUUCAUGAAACUUCUCUAAUCGAAUGAACUGGUGCUCUCAUGUGACACGUUAAGAAAAUGCAUCAAAUGAGGCGGGAAAUUUUUCAAUCAUCUGAAAUAACAUCGUGCAGCUUGGAGCACCUCCCUUGAAUGAUGUCAACCUGUCCGCCCUGGGUUUUCAAAAGCAAUUAAAUGGGCUGCAGUGUUUUCCACUGGCUUCGUUCGUAGAUAAUUCGUCUGGACGAAUAUAAACGUCAUGGUUUGUUUUCAGUUGCCGCCUAAAACGUUUUUAAUUGUUCCAUGUAAAAUGAAGAUAGUUAUAACCCGCCGUAUAUUCACAACAACUUCUUUGAAUUCAGGGCUAUGAUUUACAAUAAAAUAUCCUUCAGAAUUGCGUGUUCAGAUGCUAAAAAAUCUAAUUCAUUAAAGUAAACAUGAACUAGCUUUUAAAAGAAUAUUUAUGAACUUAUCGACAUGAA